UAUAAAAUUAACAUUCGCGAGAAGGAGGAGGAGAUUUUCUAGGAAGUUAUACUUCCGCUUUUGGGGAACUAUUUCUGGUUUUGUAAAGGGGGGCGGCUCGCUUUAGUCAGCGGCCAUGAUGGGUGUCAGCGGCGAGUAGUGACGGCAUUCGCUUUGCGUCAGUUGGUUUUCUGCGCUCUUUAUGGUUGAUCGAGGAAUAAUAUUUUUUCGUCUUUCGAGAAUUUAAUUGAAAAAAGAAAAAGAAAAAGAAAAAAGUAUAAAAAAGAAAAAAAGAGUUAAAAAGAAAGCGGAAAAAUUAUAUAUAUAUAUCUCUCUCUGUCUCACUUUAAUCUCGUAUAAUACGUUUUCAAUCAAACCCGGUGGAAAAACAACGACCAUUGUAAAUAGACGUUUAAUUAUCAUUAUCAUUAUCAUUAUUAUUAUUAUUAUUAUUAUUAUAAUUCGAUCGGCCAUUGUUUGAUUGUCACGACAAAUUUUAAUAUUAAGGGGGAUAAAAAAGAAAGUUAAAGGGAAGAAUAAAGAAAAAGAGUAAUACAUACAUACACAUACACACACAUACACGGAAGAAUAUAGUAAGAGAAAAGAGUGGAUAUAUAUAUAUAAUAUAUAUAUAUAUAUAUAUAUAUAUUAAAUUGAUUAUUCUCGCGGGGGGAAAUAAAUUCAUCGGAUAAAAGUAAAUCUCGUCAAAAUGACGCAGCUACUACCCAUAAGGUUUCAGGAACAUCUUCAGCUGACAGCUGUUGGAAUCAAUGCGAGCAAUGCCAGCUUUAAUACACUUACUAUGGAAUCGGAUAAAUUUAUAUGCGUUAGAGAAAAAGUUGGUGAUACUUCCCAGGUAGUUAUUAUCGAUAUGAAUGAUUCUACAAAUCCAACUAGAAGACCUAUCUCUGCCGAUUCCGUAAUCAUGAAUCCUGCGAGUAAAGUUAUCGCACUCAAAGCUGUAAAAACAUUUCAAAUAUUUAAUAUUGAAAUGAAAUCAAAGAUGAAGGCUCAUACUAUGACAGAAGACGUAGUAUUUUGGAAGUGGAUAUCUAUAAACACUAUAGCACUAGUUACCGAAAGUGCAGUUUAUCAUUGGUCAAUGGAAGGAGAUUCUACACCCAUGAAGAUGUUUGAUCGUCAUUCGUCUUUAAAUGGAUGUCAAAUAAUUAAUUACAGAACAGAUCCAAAACAAACUUGGUUAUUAUUAAUUGGUAUUUCUGCACAACAUAACAGAGUAGUUGGCGCUAUGCAAUUAUAUUCCGUAGAUAGGAAAUGUUCUCAACCUAUCGAAGGACAUGCUGCUGCAUUUGCGCAAUUUAAAAUGGAAGGAAAUCCUGAACCUAGUAACUUAUUUUGUUUUGCCGUUAGAACGGUACAAGGUGCAAAACUACAUAUUAUAGAAGUAGGACAACCACCGGCUGGAAAUCAACCGUUUCCCAAAAAAGCAGUUGAUGUAUUUUUCCCACCCGAAGCUGGAAACGAUUUUCCUGUCGCUAUGCAAGUUAGCUCCAAAUACGAUGUUAUUUAUUUAAUUACCAAAUAUGGUUAUAUACAUAUGUACGAUAUCGAAUCAGCGAUCUGUAUAUUUAUGAAUCGAAUCUCGGGAGAGACCAUUUUUGUUACGGCACCACAUGAAGCAUCUGGUGGUAUCAUUGGUGUUAAUCGUAAAGGUCAAGUUUUAUCCGUAUCCGUGGACGAAGAGAAUAUCAUUCCUUAUAUCAAUGGCGUAUUACAAAAUCCUGAAUUGGCUUUGAGAAUGGCUGUCAGGAAUAAUUUGUCAGGUGCGGAAGAUUUAUUUGUACGAAAAUUUAAUAUGCUAUUUCAAAAUGGACAAUACGCGGAAGCUGCAAAAGUUGCUGCUAACGCACCUAAAGGAAUAUUAAGAACUCCUGCAACUAUUCAACGUUUCCAACAGGUUCCUGCUACGCAAGGACAAACUUCACCGUUGCUUCAAUAUUUUGGAAUUCUAUUGGAUCAAGGACAAUUGAAUAAAUACGAAUCAUUAGAAUUAUGUAGACCAGUACUAGUACAAGGUCGCAAACAACUUCUUGAAAAAUGGUUGAAAGAAGAUAAAUUAGAAUGCAGCGAAGAAUUGGGUGAUCUGGUUAAACAAGCUGAUCCUACUCUUGCUUUAAGUGUUUACUUAAGGGCUAACGUACCCAAUAAAGUUAUACAAUGCUUUGCUGAAACUGGCCAAUUUCAAAAGAUUGUUCUAUAUGCUAAAAAGGUUUCUUAUACUCCAGAUUAUAUAUUUCUUUUAAGAAAUUUAAUGAGAAUUAAUCCAGAUCAAGGUGUAGCAUUUGCGCAAAUGUUGGUUCAAGACGCAGAGCCAUUAGCUGAUAUUAAUCAAAUUGUAGAUAUAUUUAUGGAGCAAAAUAUGGUACAGCAAUGUACAGCAUUUUUAUUAGAUGCACUUAAAAAUAAUCGACCAAGCGAAGGAGCUUUACAAACACGCCUCCUGGAAAUGAAUCUAAUGUCUGCUCCGCAAGUAGCCGAUGCUAUUUUAGGAAAUCAAAUGUUUACUCACUACGAUAGAGCGCAUGUUGCACAAUUAUGCGAGAAAGCUGGUUUAUUACAACGUGCUUUAGAACAUUAUACCGAUUUGUACGACAUUAAAAGAGCGGUCGUUCAUACGCAUCUGUUAUCACCCGAUUGGCUUGUAGGAUUUUUUGGUACAUUGUCCGUAGAAGAUUCUCUUGAAUGCUUAAAAGCUAUGUUAACUGCAAACAUAAGACAAAACUUACAAAUUUGUAUUCAAAUUGCAACGAAAUAUCACGAACAAUUAACAACUAAAGCACUGAUAGAUUUAUUCGAAAGUUUCAAAUCGUACGAGGGAUUGUUUUAUUUCUUGGGAUCUAUAGUGAAUUUCAGUCAAGAUCAAGAAGUACAUUUCAAAUAUAUACAAGCGGCAUGCAAGACAAAUCAAAUAAAAGAAGUUGAACGUAUAUGCAGGGAAAGUAAUUGUUAUAGUCCCGAACGUGUUAAAAAUUUUUUGAAAGAGGCCAAAUUACCGGAUCAAUUACCUUUGAUCAUCGUUUGCGAUCGAUUUGAUUUUGUUCAUGACCUAGUCUUAUACCUUUAUCGAAACAAUUUACAAAAAUACAUAGAAAUAUAUGUUCAAAAAGUGAAUCCAUCACGUUUACCUGUUGUAGUAGGUGGUUUGUUAGACGUUGAUUGUUCAGAAGAUAUAAUUAAAAAUUUAAUUCUUGUCGUACGUGGACAAUUUUCUACAGACGAGUUGGUAGAAGAAGUUGAGAAACGAAACAGAUUGAAAUUAUUAUUACCAUGGUUGGAAUCACGCGUUCACGAAGGAUGCGUAGAACCUGCAACUCAUAAUGCACUGGCUAAAAUAUAUAUCGAUAGUAAUAAUAAUCCUGAAAGAUUCCUCAAAGAAAAUCAGUUUUACGAUAGCAGAGUAGUGGGUAAAUAUUGUGAGAAACGUGAUCCACAUUUAGCAUGUAUCGCUUAUGAACGUGGACAAUGUGAUAGAGAAUUAAUAAGCGUAUGCAACGAGAACAGUCUUUUCAAAAGUGAAGCAAGAUAUUUGGUUAGACGUAGAGAUCCCGAUCUUUGGGCUGAAGUUCUUUUAGAGGGUAAUCCUUACAAGAGACCAUUGAUCGAUCAGAUCGUUCAAACAGCAUUAUCGGAGACGCAAGAUCCAGAAGAUAUAUCGGUCACAGUAAAAGCAUUCAUGACAGCCGAUUUGCCAAACGAAUUAAUAGAACUUCUCGAAAAGAUAGUACUUGAUAGCAGUGUAUUCAGUGAUCAUCGUAAUUUACAAAAUCUAUUGAUUUUGACAGCAAUAAAGGCUGAUCGUACACGUGUUAUGGAAUACAUCAAUCGUUUGGAUAAUUAUGACGCACCAGAUAUAGCUAAUAUUGCUAUUAAUAAUGAACUUUAUGAAGAAGCUUUUGCUAUCUUUAAAAAAUUCGAUGUUAAUACAUCAGCUAUACAAGUUCUUAUUGAACAAGUUAACAAUCUUGAUAGAGCAUAUGAAUUUGCUGAGAGAUGUAACGAACCUGCAGUUUGGUCACAGUUAGCCAAAGCACAAUUACAACAGGGUUUGGUUAAAGAAGCUAUCGAUAGUUUCAUCAAAGCUGAUGAUCCAUCAGCUUACGUCGACGUUGUAGAAACUGCUCAUCGUACUUCACAUUGGGAAGAUUUGGUUCGCUAUUUACAAAUGGCACGUAAAAAAGCACGCGAAUCAUUCAUCGAAAGUGAAUUAAUUUAUGCUUAUGCACGUACAAACAGACUUGCCGAUUUGGAAGAAUUUAUUUCUGGGCCUAAUCAUGCCGAUAUACAAAAGAUUGGCGAUAGAUGUUUCGAAGACAAAAUGUAUGAAGCGGCUAAACUUUUGUAUAACAAUGUAUCAAACUUUGCUCGAUUAGCUAUAACAUUAGUUCAUUUGAAAGAAUUUCAAGGUGCCGUUGAUAGCGCACGCAAAGCAAACUCAACUCGUACAUGGAAAGAAGUUUGUUUCGCAUGUGUCGACAGCGGUGAAUUUAGAUUAGCACAAAUGUGUGGAUUACAUAUUGUUGUGCAUGCCGAUGAGUUGGAAGAUUUAAUCAAUUAUUAUCAAGACAGAGGACAUUUUGAAGAAUUGAUUAAUCUUUUGGAAGCUGCCUUAGGAUUGGAAAGAGCACACAUGGGAAUGUUUACAGAAUUAGCCAUAUUGUAUAGUAAAUACAAACCUCAAAGAAUGAGAGAACAUCUUGAACUAUUUUGGUCUCGUGUUAAUAUACCAAAGGUUCUACGUGCAGCCGAACAAGCACAUUUAUGGGCAGAGCUUGUAUUUUUAUAUGACAAAUAUGAAGAAUACGAUAACGCAGUGUUAGCAAUGAUGCAACAUCCUACGGAAGCUUGGCGCGAAGGACAUUUCAAAGAUGUAAUUACUAAAGUGGCAAAUGUUGAACUGUAUUAUAAAGCUAUACAAUUUUAUGUUGAGUAUAAACCACUGUUGCUAAAUGAUAUACUGCUUGUACUCGCACCACGUAUGGAUCACACAAGAGCAGUCGCAUAUUUCACUAGGACCGGACAUUUGCAAUUAGUAAAACCAUAUUUGAGAUCUGUUCAAGCACUUAAUAACAAAGCUAUUAACGAGGCUUUAAAUGGCUUGCUCAUAGACGAAGAGGAUUAUCAAGGUCUGAGAACGUCGAUAGAUGCGUUUGAUAAUUUUGAUAAUAUUGCGUUGGCACAACAAUUGGAAAAGCAUGAAUUAAUCGAAUUCAGAAGAAUUGCCGCGUAUUUAUACAAAGGAAAUAACCGAUGGAAACAAUCUGUAGAGCUUUGUAAAAAAGAUAGAUUAUUCAGGGAUGCUAUGGAGUAUGCUGCAGAAUCUCGAGAUGCUGAAGUUGCUGAAGCACUAUUAGAAUGGUUUUUGGAAAGAGGCUCGAAAGAUUGUUUCGCAGCAUGUUUAUUCCAUUGUUACGAUUUACUUCAUCCAGAUGUUAUCUUAGAAUUAGCGUGGAGACAUCGUAUAUUAUCUUUUGCGAUGCCAUAUCUUAUUCAAGUAGCACGUGAAUAUAUUACUAAGGUAAAGGUUGAUAAGUUGGAAGAGGCAGAAAGUCGUCGUAUUGAAGAAACUGAUCAUCAGGAACAUAAACCAAUGAUCAUGCCGGAACCCCAACUGAUGUUAACUGCUGGACCUGGUAUGAUGGCACCUGGUUAUGCACCUCAAAAUGUAUACGCUACACCACCACAAAGUGUAUACGCACCUGCUGCUGCCGCUUAUCAAGGGUAUGGUAUGUGAGAUAUACUAUGCAAUGUAUCAAACAAAGCAGAUCAACAAAGUCUACUUUUCUAUAAAAUUUAGGUAAAACAAGAUUAUUUUAUUAGAUUGUAGUC